AUGGCAAUAAAGCUAAAGAAAAUAAAUACUUACUAUCAAGAAUCAGCAGAGAUGGAAUGUAUUAAUAAAUCUAGCUACAAAGAUAAAAUAAAUAUCAAAAAAAAAAAAAUUCUAGUAGAUUACCAAAAAUUUGCUGAAAUAGAUUAUAUUGAUGGAAUUAAAGUUAAAAGCAAUUAUAUAAUACUUACUAAUUAUCAAGAGCUACAGGAAUCCAGAAAAAUAUCUCAAUUUGGUUCUAGGCAGCAUAAUAGAAUAGGCAUUAAAAUAGAUAAAGAAGACUCCAAAUUAGACAAAGAACCCAAUUAUGAAAAGGUGCUUAUUUAUUAUCAAAAACCUGUAAGUAUAGCUCAUAAUGAUGAUACAAAAAACACAGAGAAUUAUUGUCAAAUUGAAGUCAAAGAAGACAAAUAUAAAAAAGACAUAAAUGAAGCAAGCUCUGAAUUAAAGGAUAGAUCUGAUUAUAGUACUAUAGCUUUGAAUAUGAUUAAUAGUUACCUUAAAGAACCCAGAAAUGCUGUUAAUAAGAAGACUUGGUAUCUUUGUAAUAAUUGGUUAGGCUUAAAUGAUGGUAAAAAAUUUAUAUCUACUAUCAAAGAAGUCAAAUUUAAAGAAAUAAAAAAAUUAGACAAAGAAAACAAUCCUGAUUGA